CUGGUCGGGCCCCACCCCGCGAUGAUGACUAAAGAGACUCUAUCUCGGGCUUUAUUUUGACACCGAGGGAUCUCGGACAGUAUGAGGCUUUUGUAUAGACACACCUAGCAGUUUUAUCUUAGCUUUCGUAUUAUUGAGAGAAUGAUUAUCGUGGAAGGGCAUAGUUCUUCGCCUUUCUGGCUGGUAUUUAGACUUCCUUUUCUGUGAUCUAUGUUUUUGACUGUGCAUACAGUACUCCUCCCAUCUCCUCUCCGAAACAAUAGACCCUCUAUGGUGUUGACCUGAUUUCCUGACCAAGUUGCAUAUUCGUCGCGCUGGCCUCUUGAGAAAUGGCCGAUAUACAGUUCAGAAAGAGUCCUCAGUCAGGGCCUAGUGCCAAUGGACAAAUGUACUCGCGUAGUUGUCAGAUGUGCAACCGGAGGAAGGUCCGAUGUAGCAGAAGCCAGCCAUGUACUAAUUGUGUUAAGUCCAAAACGGAUUGUGUCUUCCCCGGCCCAGGUCGUGCGCCUCGGAGAAAGAAAAGACCCUUGAAGGCCGAGCUUGUGGCCCGCUUGGACAAGUUAGAGGAGAAGAUCAAAGGGCUUACGGGGGAGCUAAAUGUUGCACAAACCCAGCUCCUCCAAAGAGACGCUUCUGCAAUAGGUCCUUCCGCUGCAGAAGAGUCUCCUAAGAAAAAGGAGCGUCCAAUUGGGACGCAUCAACCCCAGGAACAUUAUCGACGGUGCUCGGUCGGUCCCUCGGAGAACGAAAAGGGGAGGCUGGUUGUGGACAGAAAGUUCAGUCGGUAUAUCACCCAUGAAGCAUUAGUUAGCCUGGGCGAUCAGAUCAAAGAGCUUCAGGAUCUCGUUGGAUCACCCAACAACCGUUCGGAAGACUCUGAUGAAUGUGGUGAUUUGGGAAAAGAGUAUAUGCAUAAUGAUACUUUUUUCCUCUUUGGCUAUUCGUGCUUCGCAGACUCUCUUUGCGAUUUCCAUCCUAGCAUAGCACAAAGUCAGCUCCUAUGGGAGAUCUACCAACAGAAUGUGGCGCCGGUGAUUAUGAUCUUCCACAAGCCUACUCUUGAGACGCUCAUACGCAAGGCGUCCACUAAGCCUGACAUCCUAGACAGGACUUCUGAAGCGGUUAUUUUUGCAGUCUAUUUCGCCUCAGUUGCCAGCAUGGGUCCCGAAGAACGUCAGCGUUCCUUGGGCGAAGAUCACCAGUCAGCCCUUCAACGCUAUCGCUUUGCCACUCAGCAAGCAUUGGCGAGGGCUGGCUUUCUUCAAUCCCGUAACCUGCCUCUGUUACAGGCAUCUGUCCUCUUUUUGACAUGUCUUCGCCAACCAGGAGAUGCCGAAUUUGUAUGGACCAUGACUGCUGCAAUAUAUCGGAUGGCUCAGGGGCUCGGGUUGCAUCGUGACGGGAGUGCUUUUGGGUUGAACCCCUUCGAAACAGAAAUACGUCGGCGACUCUGGUGGCACAUCUACUUACUGGAUUGGCAGACGGCUGAGUAUCAUGCCAUCGGAAGUCAGAUCAAAGAAGGUAGCUACGAUACCAAGUUACCAUUGAAUAUCAAUGACUCGGAUCUAUCACCUGAGACUAUGGAAAUGCCAGAGGAGCACAAUGGAUUUACGGAGAUGACAUUUUGCCUACUACGAUGUGAGAUGACUGUCGCCCAUUGCCGCCUGCCGCAUGUCACAUCCGCCAAGGGGCCCGUCAUGCUAGCAUUAGAGGAGCAUAUAUACGAAUUGGCAAAGAUCCAAGUCCAUUUGCAGGAAAAGUAUCUCCGCUUCUGCGAACUAUCAGUACCAAUUCAGUGGGUAACAGACACCGUCGUCCGGAUGGUUUUCGCGCGCUCAUGGUUGGUUGCUCAUUUUUCCCAAUGGAUCUCCAACGAAAUCCCUCUCGAUUCCUCCGUACGAGAACAGAUGUUCCAGACAGCCAUUGAAGUGGUAGAGUUGGCUUAUCUUCUCGAAACCGAUGACAGGACCGUGAAAUGGUCUUGGUUCUUCGAGGCCUAUAUGCAGUGGCAUGCUGCGGCCUUCAUCCUGGCUGAGCUAUGUGAUCGACAAUGCUCUCCAGAGGCCCAUCGAGCAUGGAGUGUAGUGGACAGAGCCAUACGCCGGUGGUCACAGAAGGACUUCCAAAAAGGCGUCAUGAUAUUGAAGCCUAUUUCCCGGCUUAUGGAGCGGGCAUCUGUAAUUCACGGCUGCUGCGAGCCUAACACACCAGACGUGCUUGGGGCAAGUAUCCAGCCCCUAGGGUCAUUUAAGGUAUCUUCUCAUGAUUGUAUUCCGAACGAUAAUGAGCCCGGUCCAUGCAUGGUUUCUUUAGAGGGUGACGAGAUCCCGUCACCAAUGGAUCUAUUCCAGGAUAUCUUAUUUAGAGACAUACUUUAGCAUCAUAUUGUCUCUCGUUGUCGAUGUGGACCCCAAAAAAGGAUAUAACAGAAACUAGAAAUGGGGUUUUCAUCAUUUUCUAAUCUUUUAAUGUCGCAUUUUCGCAUCACCAUGUUCCGGGAGACAAUUAUUUAUAGCUUCAGUUACUCAAAUCGUUCUAAGACGAGGGCAAGGGCUCAGCUUCAUAUUGCUGUUUGUCAAGAGGCAUGUAAACAAGGAUGCCAGUUGUCUUCAAUAUCAACCAGAUAUCCCUCGGCUAGUACCAUCGGGACGACGAUCGUACUGGAUUAUAAAGUUCGCCCUUCGGCAUCCAA